UGUUUCCUUUUUUGGUAUUUUAUGAGGAAAAAAUUGAAUUCUACUAUAAUUGAGAGUUUACAAUACACCGAUAAUUUGCAUUAGAUUUCAUUGGAAUUUGAUUUGAGCGCAAUUUCUACAAUAAUUUCUAGCAUGUCCUAUUUUUACACUUACGCGCUACUUAAUAGUGAAUGUUAUAAAAUAAGAAAUUUGAGAAAAAAAACAUUGUCCACUACUUUUGCUACUUGAAUAGUAGAUGAUGUUUGAGAAACUCAUAGGACGCCAAAAAAAAUUAGAAAUUAGGAAGAAAAUACUCAAACAUUAUAUUAUCGGCCAGUAUUUUAUUAAAGACCUAUAGUGACUGACUUUGUCAUUUCGUCUAUAAAAAAAAAUUUAUAGUGACUAGUCUCUGUCUAAUGUAAAGCUUAAUGGCUUAAAAGUUGAGUUGUAUGGAACAUAAUCACUCACCCCAUAAUCUUUUCACGUUGAUUUUCCAAAAGCAAAGGAAUCAAUCAAAACUCUCCAUUCCCUCACAACCUUUCCUUCAACUCCAACACCAAAUCAUCAUCAUUUUCCUCACCCCAAAUUAACCAAUCAAAACCAAAAAGUCUAAUACACUAUAACAUGUCCAUGCUUCCCCCCUUAACUCAUCAUUAUCUCUUCCUCAUCACACAAUCAACCUUUGCUUUUUGUUUUAAAACUCUCUUCAACUCAAUCUAAUUGAAGUUCAAAGUUAUAAUAACCUCUAAUUUAGAAAACCUCAAACAAUGAAAUCUCCAAUCUUCCACAAUCUCAACCAUCUAAACAUCUUGUUCUUCAUACUAACCCAAAACCAAAAACACCAACUUUCUUAAUUUAGACACAAAAACACAAACAAGUUGAAAUUCACAAAGUUCUAAUCUCAAAUUUUCAAAACAUCAAACAAUGGAAUCUCCAAUAUUCCUCAAUCUCAACCUAAACAACAUGUUCUUCACACUUGAUCAAAACCAAAAACACCAACUUUAUUGAGAGUUCCAUAAGAAGGGAUUAUUCUUUCACCAAGUUGAACCAUUUUCAUAUGGAGAAUCACAAAAACACAAACAACAAAUGGAGAAGUCCAAAAAAACAAACAUCAUUAGAACCAAUCACAACAAUAACACCAAAGAUGAAAUGGAAGAAGAUGAUGAUUUUCUUCAACACAACAAAAACUACACAAAAUCCACCUCACGAAUUUCUCUGCCCCAUUUCUGGUUCUCUCAUGUCUGACCCUGUAAUUGUCUCCUCAGGUCAUUCCUUUGACAGAAUCUCCAUUGAAGCUUGUAAAAAUCUCAACUUUACCCCUCAACUUCAAGAUGGAACCACCCCCAAUUUCACAACCCUAAUUCCCAAUCUUAAUCUCAAAUCCUCAAUUCUCAAAUGGACCCAAUCAUCACAAACAAAAAUUCAAACAAACCCAAAUCUCAAAACAACUGAAAACCUCGUACAAACAUUAAUUUCCUCAAAAAAACAUCAAAAGCAUCAAAACGAUGUCGUUUCAGAGAAAAACGACCAAGAAGAAGAAACACGACAAAUCUCAAUCUUAACACCACGAAAAACCUCGUACUCAAGCUCAGAGGAAUCCAUAGCUACUGCCACGUCAUCAUCUUCAACAACACCACGACCUCAAUUUCAAAGUUUCUGUUACUCUUCACCUUCUUCAUCUGAAAUUGAACCUUCAACAUCACCAGAAGAAGAAGAAAUCGUAACAAAACUCAGAAACCCACAACAUUUCAUAAUCGAAGAAGCAUUAAUCUCUCUCAGAAAAAUCACAAGAACAAAAGAGGAAACAAGGGUUCAACUUUGCACGAACAGGGUACUAUGUUCUUUGCGUACGUUAAUUUUGUCGAAAACCGAGGUUGUAAGAGUCAACGCUCUUGCUUCAUUAGUCAACCUUUCUCUUGAGAAAGUCAACAAAGUGAAGAUCGUACGGUCAGGAAUUGUUCCACCGUUGAUUGAGGUAUUGAAGUUUGGAUCGUGUGAAUCACAGGAACACGCUUCUUGUGUGUUCUUUAGUUUAGCGCUUGAUGAUGAUAAUAAAACUGCGAUUGGUGUUUUAGGUGCUCUUUUGCCGUUACUUCACGCGCUUAAAUCGGAGAGUGAGAGAACGCGCCAUGAUUCGGCUUUGGCGCUUUCUCAUUUGUCUUUAGUGAGGAGUAAUAGGGCCAAGAUGGUUAAACUAGGUUUUGUUUCGGUUCUGUUGGGGAUGGUUAAGUCGGGUCAUAUGAUGGGUCAGGUUUUGUUGAUUUUGGGUAAUUUGGGAUUCGGGUCGGAUGGUCGGGCUGCUAUGCUAGAUGCGGGUGUUGUGGAGUGUUUGGUGGGUUUGUUGGGUGGGGUCGAGUUGGAUUCUGAGUCAAUUCGGGAGAGUUGUGUUGGCGUUUUGUAUGCAUUGAGUCACGGGGGGUUGAGGUUUAAGGCGGUGGCGAAGGAGAUUGGGGUUGUCGAAAUGUUGGAAAAGAUGGAGAAAAUGAAGAGUGAGAAGGCUAACGAGAAGGUGAGGCGGAUAUUGGAGAUUAUGAGUGAGAAAGAGGUGGAAGAGGAGGAGGUGGAUUGGGAGGAAUUACUUGACUCAGGGUUCAGUUGUCAAACUAUGAGUCGACAAGAUAGUGGGUUGGACGAGUCAAGUGUUAACGGAGCUGAGUUUUGAAUACAUUUGAAUUUUUUUAAUGUAAUUAUUAGUUUUUGCUUUUUUUUGUCAAGUCAAAUGUUGUUGAAGUUCACUUGGGUGAAGAUUGGAACUUAUGCCACUUUCUUUUUA